AUGGCAGAGCGUAACUACAGCCCCUUUUCUGGGUUCUCCACCACUUCCCGCGGUGGUGGUGGUGGUGCUCGAAGCAAGGGCACCUCGGAGGGGAUGGGUAGCAAACUGGCACCUGUGAACUGGUCGACCAAGAGCCUCGUCCCGGGCAAGUGGAGGGUUGUCGAUGCCAGCGCGAUCCGUAAGGCCGCCAGCGUGAAAGAUGACCACGGCGCAAGCAAGGUGAAGCACCUCAGCGAUGUCGAUGCGGACGAGUGGCGUCAGGCCAACUCCAUCACAGUUUCCGACUCCGACCAGUGCCCGAACCCAAUCACGGAGUUCGACAUGCUCACCGCCGUGCCCCAGUACCUGAAGGCGAAGCUUCUGGAGCAGGGAUUCAAGGCGCCCACUCCGAUUCAGGCACAGUCUUGGUCGAUCGUUCUGUCGGGACGUGACCUCGUUGGCGUGGCCAAGACCGGCUCCGGCAAGACCUUGGCGUUCAUUGUGCCAGCCUUGGCUCACAUCGCGUUGCAGGAGCCGCUGAAGGCGGGGGACGGCCCAAUGGUCAUUGUCCUCGCGCCGACCCGCGAACUGGCCCAGCAGAUUGAGCAGGAGGCGAUCAAGGUGCUGCCGCAAAGCAUUCGGUGCGGCUGCAUUUACGGCGGCGCGCCGAAGGGCCCGCAGCUCGGCCUGCUUCGCCAAGGUGUGCAUAUCCUCGUGGCCACCCCGGGCCGCUUGAUCGAUUUCAUGGAAAUCAAGCGUGUGAACCUGUUGCGUGUAACGUACCUGGUGCUGGAUGAGGCGGAUCGCAUGCUGGACAUGGGCUUUGAGCCGCAGGUGCGCGCCAUCUGCGGCCAGAUUCGCCCUGACCGGCAAACGCUCAUGUUUUCGGCUACGUGGCCGCGCGACAUCCAGAACCUCGCCGCCAGCUUUCAGAAGAACUGGGUGCGCAUCAACGUUGGCAGCAUGGAGCUUCUCGCGAACAAGGAUGUUACGCAGCAUUUCAUCUUGACCUCAGAGGCAGCGAAGCUCGAUGAGCUAAAGCGGCUGAUGGAGCGGCACCGCAAUCAGCGCGUGCUCGUCUUCUGCAAGACGAAGAAGACGGCUGACUACCUCGAGUUCCAGCUGAAGCGCAACGGCGUGGAUUGCAUGGCCAUUCACGGCGAUAAGGAGCAGCGUCAGCGCGAGUUUAUCCUGGAGCGCUUCCGCAAGGACCCACGACUGUGUGUGGUGGCCACUGACGUGGCCGCUCGCGGUCUUGACAUCAAGGAGUUGGAGACGGUGGUGAACUACGACUUCCCUAUGCAAAUUGACGACUAUGUUCACCGUAUCGGCCGCACGGGCCGCGCCGGGGCUAAGGGUGCGUCCUUUACGAUGAUCACGAAACACGAGACUCAGCUGAACGCGUCGACGGUGUUCCAGCUGGUGGAGCUGGUAGAGCGCGCGGGGCAGGAGGUGCCUGGGUGGUUGCGCGAGUGGGCUGAGCAGGGUGGGGGCUAUCACGUUCCGAAGCGCAACCGCAACAUGAUGGGCAGCUUCGGCCGCAACGGCCCGCGCAUGCGCAUGCCGGGCGAUAGCCCAGCUGCUGGCGCCGGCAGCAGCGGUGGCCACUUUGGCCUGGCGCCACACGCUAAAGGCUCGCCGGCGUUCGGCAUGACGGACAGCGGCAUUCAGAACAAGACGUUUGACUACAGCAGCGACGACGACUCUGCUCGACCGGCCAAGCGCGCGCGCCAAUAG